AUGCUACAUCUUGAUAUAGAAGUAUAAACAAUCCAAUUUUUCAUUGGCUCCACUCUUGAAUCAUGCUCUAUUAAAUUAAGUGAUUGUAUUCAUAACAUCUAUCCUUAGCCUUCUCCAAUACUGUAUUAGAAUCAAAAGUAAGAUGCAAAUCAAAAGAGAUUCAAGAAAUUUGGGAAAAAAUUGAAUUAAAUGUGUAAUAUGUUGAGAAAGGCAAUGUAUUACAUUAUUGCAUAUAUAUGUAGUUGAAACUCUACUUUUAUGAUGGCUAAACCAUUUUUGGAGAAGCAACCAUUAAUUUAGGGUUUUACAUUGAGAAUAAUCUUCCUCUUAUCAUUGAUAAAAUUACUAUUCAGAAUAAAUUCGAUUCAGAAGCCUAAGUUCAAAUGAGUUUAGCAUGGAAUUAGUUAGAUUAAUUGCAAUCCAAAUAAAUACGCUAAGUAAGCCCUAUGAGAGACUAACCUAUUCCUACUCCACCACCUUAGAAACCGGUUGGAUAAUAGAAGAAACCAGCUGAUGAAUUUCAUUUUGAUAAGAGAACUGUACAUGCAACAUAUACUUAAUGGAAAGAUCAUUAGGAAUAGGUUAAAGAAUAAUAUGUCAAGAAAUUAAAGGAACCCAUCAAAAAAGGACAAAUAGAGGAUGAAAAAUUUGAAGACAUUCGUAAACCUGAAGUUCGAGUUAUGAGUCCUCGUAGAUUCCAAACUCCCAAAGAUUAUAAACCAAUAAAUAAAUAAUAAAUUUAAAAAUCAACUGGAGGAUUUGAAAAUCUAAAAUCUUCAAAUAACAAUCCAUUAGAUUUUAGAUAAAUCAAUAAGGACUUACAAAACAACUCAAACAAUAGAGCUCCAUCUAAAAGUCCUAAUCGAUAUGACUCAAGAGUUAAAACAAGAAAUGAUGUUUUGUAAGCUACAUCACCCAAUGAAUAAAGUGAAAUUCUUAAAGGAUCUACAAAACCUAAACCUUAGUCUAAGAAAGGAGAACUUUAAGAGAAUUUUGGAACAAGACCUACUUAAAUGGAAGGAGGUUUGACAAUGUCAAGCAAAUAAUUAGAUACAGAAAUAGAUUCAACUUAAUGGAGAUAAUAAUUGUCAUAGUUAUAAUAGGAGAAUGUUUAAUUAAAAAAUUAGAUAUAAAAAUUAAGUAAUGAAAAUUAAGGUUUAAAAGAUUAAUAAAUAAAAAGUGAAGCUGCUUUUAAUUUAUUAUCAGAAACUUACAGUAAUUUAAGAAAUGAAUAUUAAAGAAUUUAAGUUAAAAGCUUUAAUAAUAGUUCUAGUCAUUCUUUAUUAAUGAACAAGGAGACAGAUCAUUUAAAAAGGGAAUUAGAUUAAAAGUCUAAAGAAAUAGAAUUUUAUAAGAAAGAAGCUGAAUUAUGGAAAAAAGAUUUGGAUGUAACUAAAAGAGAAAAUGGUUAAAUUAAAAGAGAAGUAGAACAAUUUAAAAAAGAUCUUGAAAAUCGAUUAAUAGAUUUAGAGAGUUAAAAGAGAGAUAUUGAGAAUAAAAAUAGAGAAAUAGAGAAUCUAGAAAAAGAAUUAUAAAGAGCUUAAUAAGCAAUUUAAUUAAUUUAGAAUGAUAGUUUUAGAAGUGCUUCUUAAUUAUCAGGACAAAAUACAAAUUAAGAAAUUAUGGAACAAAUGAAAAAUCUAAUUAAAACAAAACAAAUUGAAGUAGAUAGUAAGAAUGAAGAAAUUAAAUAAAAUAAGAUUAGAAUAGCAUAUUUAGAGAAAGAAUUAUAUGAGAAAGGUAGACGCACUUUAGAUUAAAGUGAAUAGAUUAAAAAUUUAAGUUCUUAAUUAGAAUAAGAAAAUGAAAAAUUGAAAUAACAAUUAGUAGAAAAGAAUGUUGAAUUGUAAUCAAAGUAAAUAAAAAUUAUAGCUAAAUAGAAUACAAGAAAUAGAGAGAUUAAUGACUUAGAAUAAUAAUGUAUUUUUAUAAUCACCUGAUAUUUAGAAUACUGAUUCUAAUAAACUAUUAAAUGAUUAUAUAGUUUAGAUAACUACUUUAAAAUAAGAGAAUCAAAGUUUAAGUAAAUUUUAUUAUUUAAAUAAAAAUUAGUCUUGUAAAAUAAAAAAGAUUAAGUUAAACUUGAGAGUUUACAAAAUUAAUUUGAAAUAACCAAGGUAACCACAUAAUAUAUAAUAAUUGACAGAAUAUUGUUGUACUAAGUGAAUAGCGCCAACAAUCUCUUGAGCAUGAAAUUCUUUAAUUAGAAAAAGCUGUCCUUGGAGGAAAAUAAAAUAUGGCAGAUGUGAUCAAUGCUGUUAUGGAAUGCGGUGGUCCUCAGUUAGCUGAGGAGGUAGAGAGAUUCUUGAUUACUAGAAGGAGUACCAAAGUUAGUUGA